UAAAGAGAAUAUCUGAAGAGGAGAUUGCAAAACAGAUAAAAGAAAGAAAGAAGAAAGAGUCGCAACGCUUAACGGAAGAGAGAAUAGUGGAGAUGGAUAUCGGAGAUGGGAACUUGACCCAACAGGAGAGAGAACGCGUGUCGGAAGUUCUCAAGAUCUGCGAUAAAUUCAUAGCGUUUAGCGACGCGGAGAGAGGGAGGAUCGACCCUAGGUAUGACAAACCUGCAAGGAUUUAUAUAGUUCCACACAUUCCGCGAAACGAUGCAGGAUGGAAGUACACUCAGAAGGAAAAGGAAGAAGUGAUUGCAUUUCUGAAGGAAAAGAUGGUCUCCUAUGUAGCCGAACCAUCGGAUAGCGCCUAUGCCAACAAGUGGUUCUUCCUACGAAAACCGAACGGGAAGAUCAUGUGGAUUCAUUACCUUCAUAAAGUAAAUGUGGUCACCAUCCACGAUGUCGAAUCCCUACCCCACGCGGAUCUGUUAGCGGAAGGAGCAGCAGGCACGGUAAAUCGCCCUGUCACACGAAGUACGGGUCCCACUCCAAAGGAAGCCACUAGAGAUGAUCCAGGAUCGUCCAGAGAUCAGACUCCAGCUGUUGGGAGAUCUUCGGGAAGGCUCGCGCACGUGUUUGCUUCUGUGGCCGGAACCGCCAGGCGGGUGUCGGGAUCCUUCUCCGCGGUCCGCAUCGGGUCUUCCUCGGGAUUAGGCUUUGAUCGCAUGAAAGAGGGAUCCAAGGCGGCGGUCUCCAAUCCUGGUCCAGGCGGACGUCACCUGUAUCAGGAAGACAUGGAGAAGGAGCUCAUGUCGAAGUACAAGCAGGAGCUGGUGGAGCAUUGCAACCGAGACAAGAUAAAAUAUCAUAACAAGAAGCAGGCUGUUGCCGAUUUGACAGCCAUCAUAGUUAGAGAUGCCUAUGGAGACGAAGAGGAGGAGGUGCACGAAGAGGAAUCUGCGGAGGAAUCUCAAGAGGAGAAUCCUUCUUGAUUCCUACCGCGAUCCACGUUGGUUGUGGCAGCAAGUACACGAUCUUCGUGAAAGAAGAAGUGGCAGAAAAGAGAGGUGAUUCGAGGCGGUGUUUGGAGGAAAAGUUCAGAUUUUUCGUGCUACUACUUAUCCUCACUGGGCAGAUCACUUGGGGAGUAAAGUUCCUAGAUCAAU